AUGCAGUUCGCACCGAGAAAGCUCCGUGUUGUCCUCGUCACCCAGAGAGACCUACUAUUUGUUCUAAAUCUGAUGGCUUUGAGUGGUAGAUCCCAGAAGAAGGGUGCAGUCUUCCAUGUUCCCGUGUGCUCGAUCAAUGUGGCCAUGGAUGUCAAGCCACGUGCCAUUCGCGCUCACGCAUGA